CGCAAUCGACGUCGCCUCCUUGACGUUUCGACUCUUUCUCGAGCCUCACCACAGUGCUCGGUCACUCACACGUUCGUUUGGUGUCGACAUGCGCGGUCUUUUCGCCAGACUUCUGGCUUGGUCUCAGGCCCCAUUGUCUCCCCAGUUCACUUCUUCAGAGGCUCUGGAUAAGCCGCAUACUACAGCUACCAGAUCCAUCGAGACCGAGAUUGCUUUCGUCGCCGACAGCGACAACAAAUGCAACUCCGACAGAUACGACCCAUAUGUCUGCGAAUGUCUUGGCCUGAAUGGUUGCUGGUUUCCCUCUGAGGUACAAGAAGGACCGCCGUACUCGCACGAUGAGCCGUGGCCACAGAGAAGUAAGACGUGCAAUGUGCCAGCAGGUGGCGAUCCCAAGGGCGACGAUGCUCCCGCUAUCCUCCAAGCUUUCAAGGACUGCAAAGAAGAUGGCCAUAUCGUCUUUGACAACACCACUUACUACAUCGGCUCCAUCAUGAACACGACAGGCUUGAAGGACGUCACUAUCGAGCUCCGCGGAACCAUGCUGUGGGACACCAACAUCCCGUAUUGGCUAGCGAACUCGAUGCCCAUCGGCUUCCAAAACCAGACAUCUGCCUGGCAUCUGGGCGGCGAGAAUCUGCACUUCUUUGGAAAUGGCUACGGUACUAUCGAUGGCAACGGUCAAGCCUGGUAUGACUUCAACCAGGGAGUCUCCAAUCGGCAUGGUCGACCACAUUCUCUUUUGAUCACAAACACAAAGAAUGCUGUAAUCGAGGGCCUUCGCUUCAUCAAACCUCAAAUGUGGACUAUGACCGUCGCUCGGUCGGAGAAAAUGCUGCUACAAGACAUCUUCAUCAACGCCACCAGUGAUACGAGAGACUUCCGCGCCAAUGUCAACACAGACGGCGUAGACACAGUAUACGCUAACAACAUCACUUUCCUACGAUGGACAAUCGACAACGGAGACGACAGCAUCAGCAUGAAGCAGAAUAGCACAAACAUUUACAUUGAAGACUGCACCUUCUACAAUGGACAGUCUCUGGCGAUGGGAAGCAUUGGACAAUAUCCUGGCCAAAUUGAAGUCAUCGAAAACAUUACUGCUCACAACAUCAAAUGCUUCAAUACAGGCUACGGAGGCCGAGUGAAGACAUGGACAGGCAAGAACAAAGGCUUUCCCCCGAAUGGAGGCGGCGGAGGGCUCGGCUGGGCGAAGAACAUCACGUUCACCAACUUCGAGCUGAACGACGUUAAUCUCGCCUGGGCGAUCUCACAAUGCACUUCCUACAAUGGGCAGAGAGGAGACUGCAACACUUCUGACUUCAAGGUUUCGGACAUGCAUUGGGGCAAUGCGAGAGGCACACUCAAGGGCGACCGUGUCGCAACAUUGCAGUGCUCGGCAGAAGCGCCAUGCUCGAACAUCAAUCUCUUUGAUAAUGAACUGUGGGCGCUGGACCAGGACAUCCCAUCUUACUCCUACCUCUGUGAGGCAGUGGAGAACACGAUUGGAUUCAACUGCACUGGUGCAUGCAAUGGACAGUGUCCUCGCUGAUAGUUUCGUUUCGGAGCAGGAAUUGCAUCAACAGGACUGCUGUGAAAUUCUCAAAAGGUAAUUCAUUUCAUCAGUAUCUCGACACUAUACCGGCUUGGGUAACUCCACGCGAUCUGCAGGACAGUACAGAACGUACGA